GUUAAAUAUCAAGUGAUUUAGAUAAAGUGUAAAGGAAAUGUUAUUUAGACCGAAUGUCUUGUUUGAAGUAGUUCAAACAAUGACUUUCCUCAUUAGUAAUUGUACAUUUCACAAAAGAAACAAAUAGACGGGAUUUUAUAGAAAAUGGGAAAUUGUCGUAUAUUACUGUGUGCUGUUUGUCUUCUUUGGUUUUCAAGGAUAACUCACACGGAAUCAUUCUGCGGACAAAGCAAGCAACCCAUCGUAAAUAUCUGCACUGACUACACAGUGAGUGAAACCCAUUAUAUCCUUAUUGACACCAGAAAUGUACCCGUGCUUCAACAAACAUCGUGCAAAUGCGUUAUAUCACCUGCUAGACAAAUUAUUACAUUAGUUGUGCGGAUAACAAAUCACACUGGAGAAACGAAUAUAAAAUUUCAAAUAGCAAAUAUUUCUGUAACAGAAAAAGUUUUCCCUAAACACCGAAUAUCUGGGGAUACAGAGCUAUUAUUAUCUACUGAUUCAAGUUUUAACGGAGGUGGUGUUUGUCUUGGCGUUUACACUGUUAAUGGGACAUUGUUCAACAUUAUGUGUACGAAAUCAGCAAGACAGGCAUCAACAUCACAAGGUCUUAUAGUGUCUGUAAUAUUUGGGGUCGUAUGUUUCCUAGUCAUCGUUUUCAUCAGCGCUAUUUACUUCAAAAGACGCAGAGCGGAAACAAAAACAAACUCCACUACAGGUCACUGUACAAGCACAAGAGUAGAGAGUGAAAAUCGUUUGAUAGAAAAUUCUGUUAAUGAUAGGAAUCCGACUUGUAUGAUAGGAUCUAGCGAACAUAAUAAUGUUCAGUACAACAAGCAGAAUGAGGAGACAGUAGCAAGUCAUUAUGAUAGUAUCCAGGAAUCAACAACAGACGGAAAUCUCUCUUCAGAAAACCCAACAAAUCAUGUUGCGCUGUACGACCAUGCCAUAUGCCAUUCACAAGGCCAAGCAAUUGCUGAUCUCUCAAACAAUAAAACACCAAUUAAAAAUAUUGAGGACCAACAAAAAUGGCCAGGUUUAGAGGCUAAGGAUGACACAGUUUAUGACAGUACAAAAGCUAUGCCUACUCAACAGGCAAUCGUUCAUAAUGAUUACGAUCAUUUGAAUGAUGUUUGCCUUACUGGGAAGAGUCUAACAUAUGAUACUGUUAUGAAGGUAUCCAAGGAGCCUCAGACAAUAACGCCAAACUAAAAAUACUCAGAAUCUUGAGACUCAGUAAUACGUCUACCAUCAGAUCACCGCUGUGUGUUCGAAUCCUUACAUGGAAUUUGGAGUUUUUAAUGUGAUGAAACAAUCCAACCAGCCCACAGAACGUCGGUGGUUCUACUCAAGUGUCCAUCUAUUCGUGCCUGCCUAAAAUAAUGCACGGUAGGGCACCUGAUGUCUUCUUCCAUCAGCAGAGCUAGAAAGUCGCCAUAUGAUCUAUAAUGUGUGAGUGCGACGUCAACCCGAACUAAUAAAAGCAUCAGGUCAAAUAAAUGUGAAUUUAUCAAACAAUUAAGAAAUAUUUGAUAGUAUUGCUGAUGUAGAUAAAAUGGACAGACACAGUGAAGUGAAAUACUAAUGCUGUGCCGCUUAAACAAGUCAUGAAUUUCAUCAUUUCUGUACUAUUGAAUUAUUGAAACCAGAAAUGUUAAAGAUAUGUAUAAUACUUUUGAAAGCAUAACGAACAGUUGCAAAAAUAAAUGGUAAAGAUGAUAUAUUAAAAACAAAUGAAAACUGUGCUAAUUACCUUUAAAAAAACGUAUGAAUUGUUUUGUGAAUAAGCGGCAUAUACACACCCUUGUGCUGUUUUGGGAAGUUGUUUCUAUGCACAUGUUAUUAUGAUUCUUUUUUUAUUUCAUGUUAUAAUUCAUUAUGUCGCAUAUAUUCAUAAUCUGGUAAGAGUUUACUUGCGAAUAGUACUUUCACCGUCUUCAUCAAUACACUUUCUGUUAUUGAUUUGUCACACAUUAUAUUGUAUUAUCGUUUCUGCUUAACGAUUCAAAUCAGGGUGUUUAAUUUAUUCAUUGAUUAUUGUAAUUAUUCAUAAAAUCAUGACGAUAGGUUAUUUGCUAUUAAGUAAGAGAACGCGUCUUGCCUUCCGCAUGUGCAUCACAAGGUGUAUUUUAUUACUUAAAUACUUGAUUGAAUCAAUUAGAGAUUAAAGUUUUCAAAUAUAUUGAUCAGAUGAUUUCUUAAUAUCCAAAUUUUAUUUCAAUUCUGUUUUUCAAAAAUCACUCCGAAAAUUGAUUUAUAAUGUUAUUUUUUAAUUGGAGAUAUUAUCAUUAUAGUUAGAAUGUAUACUUGUAUUACAUUUCAAAACAUGUUGUCUAAGACGUUUAUCACCUAACGUUUGCUAUGUGAUAACCAGGUUCAUCCCCACUUUCACUACACUCACUUUGUCUUUUACCACCCCUUUCUAUCGUAUGGUAGGCUUCCAAAACUUCCUCCCUCUUCAAUGUCCCUGGAUUUAAAUGAUGAUAAUCGUUUACCCCUAUGAUAAGAGUAGCCUGACUUUUUUCUAAAUUGUCAUACAUGCUAUCCCUGGCUAUCAACUUUUGUUUUUGAACUAUCCCCUUGUUAGUAUGCGCCGCAAUCAUAUCAUUAUUACCAACAUCUGUUUUAUCUCUGUCUAUUGUGAGGCAACUAGAGUAGUCGUAGUCAUCAUCUAGUGUGGCUUGUAUACGAUGUUUAUUGUCAGCUUCACAAGAGGGAAUUUCAUAAUAGCUUGCCCGAUUGUCGGCAUCAAAUUUAUCUAUGUAAUUAUAUUCAUGUUCAGUCUGAGGUCUGUUUGAAUGAAUUGCAACUCCGUGAUCCCCUGACAUAUAAAUAGAUUUCUCAUAAAGUCUGCCUUUGCUACCGUUUUGUGCACGGGGUUGUGUUGUAUCCUGAAUCCAUCUCCUGUUAUGUAUAGAGAGAAAAAUGUUUGAAUGAUAUUUUUGUUUAAAUAAAAUAUAGGAAUAUAUGAAAGAUUG